CCUUCUGUUAGCGUUGUUCACUGUUGGUAGCUGAACGUUCACUAUGGCUCUAGCUCAGAAGCGUACACAUGUCCGGCUGCCUCCAGAAGUGAAUCGCAUCUUGUAUGUACGCAAUUUACCCUACAAGAUCACUGGGGAGGAGAUGUAUGACAUAUUUGGAAAAUAUGGAGCCAUUAGACAAAUCAGAGUAGGCAACACUCCUGAGACACGUGGCACAGCAUUUGUGGUAUUUGAAGAUAUCUUUGAUGCUAAAAAUGCUUGUGAUCAUCUUUCUGGCUUCAAUGUGUGUGGGAGAUAUUUAGUGGUUCUGUACUACCAGUCCAACAAGGCUUUUAAGAAAAUGGAUGCAGAAAAGAAGCAAGCAGAGCUUGAUCGUGUAAAAACAAAGUAUGGUAUAAAUACAGAAGAUUUGAAAAAAUAAUAAGGUUGAGGGUUUUCGUAUAUUAACUGAUUUAAACCUGUUCAGAAACUAUUCGGUGUGCUAAAGGAAGGUUUUGAAACUGCAACCAUAUGCAGUAUGUUAGAGGAAUACAGUACAGUAGUCUCAGUACUGUAUUUCACAAUGCCUGGGACUAAACCUGUUGUGGUUUAAUGAAUUUUGUGGAAUAAUAAGAAUAGUCCCACUGACAGCCAUGUGCACCCUGUAGUCUACAACAGCUUAUGUAUUUUAUGAUAUACAGUAUGUAAAACAUGUAUACAGUAUAAGUGAAUUACUGUACUGUAAUACUGCUUAGUACAAACCAGGUGGAUUGCAAGGUUAUGAUCCUGCAACUACAGUGACAUACUAAAUCAUGACUUUUGUACCAAUAACCUUUACUGCACUGUGUCUGGGACUCGUUCAUUCCCAGCCUGUAUGGUAAAAUUUCCUUUAUACUACUGUACUGUAUAUGUUCGUAUGUGUGUGAUUUAAAAUGAAAUAAAUGUUCAACAUAUUUUUAA